UCGAAGACGUUAUAUCAGGCGUAUAAUUUCGUUGUCCGAUACUCAUUGUAUUAGUAAGGUUAGGAUGAAUCGAGCCUUGUUUAGGAAGUUGUGUGACCUCCUUGUUAGUGAUGGUGGGUUGAAAGGUACCGAUAACAUAGAUAUAGAUGAGAUGGUGAUGAUCUUCUUGAUAACAAUUGGACAGAGCAACUUGAUGGGAUUCUUAUACAGUGUAUGCAAGAGCUGGCUCAGAAACACCAAGUGGAGAAUGGCAAUUUCAAUAAUGGAUCUUUUACUGAGCUUGAGAACUUGAUGCAUCAGAAGGCACCUGGCUGCGGAGUAAAGGUGGAACCAAAUAUAAGAUCCAGGCACAAGAAGCUGAAAAGGGAUUUCAUGGCGGUACACUUGCUUCGUUCGAAGAGUGGACAAGGCUGGGAUGAAAGCACAUGCACACCAUAUCUUGAUGAUGAUGUGUUUGAAGACCUUCUCAAGGUGCAUCCAAACAUAAAAAACUUGAACAAGAAGCUUUUCCCCUUCUACAACGAGCUAGCUGAGGUAUUUGGGAAAGGUGGGACAGCUGCUGGUCGAUGUACAGGUGGCAUAUCUAAUGGUCCACCAUCACCUGAAUCUGUCGUGGAUUUGGAAGGAUUUGACUCACCAAUUGACCUGGAUUCUCAAAGGACCACAGAGAUCAUGGAUGACUUAAUCAACGAAGGUAUUGAGCUGCAACAUCCUGCCUUUUCACCUCCGUUUGAUCCAGUAGGUGCUCCAGCCACCAAGAUUCAGCCUUGUAGACCAAAGAAUGCAGCUGCCAGCAACAUAUGUGCUAAGAAGAAGGCAAAAAAAAUUGAAAUUAACACUGAUGAAGCUAUAGUUAAUGUCUCAUCCCAACUUGGUGAGCUGAAGCCAAUAAUCUUCAAGGCCGUGGAAGCUCUUGGCUCCAUAAUAGGUGAUCGUGAUGGUGACAACAGUAAGCAAGCUGCUUUGAUCAAGGAGAUAGGGAAAAUUGGAGGACUCACUCGUGACCAAGUCAUUGAUGCUGCUAUGGCUUUAGUGGACAACGAGCCAAAGACUCGACUUUUCUAUGCACUAGAGAGCGAGGAAGACCGGUGCUACUUCAUCAGGAGCUUGCUACGUUGACAUUAGUGGUGUAGGAUUGACUUCCUAGUCUAUUUUGCAGAACACAUGUGGGAUGUAUGCGAAACUUUUUUUUUUGUGCAAGGUUAGCUCAUGCUGGAAGUUUGGCGGUGGAAAACCAUCAUUUUGCAGAAGUUUCCUUUCAUCCCAAAUGUUAUAGAUGUGUUAGACUUAUGGUUGCUGGUUUUAAACGGUUGUGAAAGCUAUUGGCAGGAACCUUCUUUAUAUUCUUCUGAUAUUAUUAAAUUUUUUGGUUUCGU